GAGACCUGUCUCCCGCCACCUCCACCAGCGUAACCAGUAGCGCGGCUCAGCUGUUUCUGUUUACUAAACAAAGGAGCCAGAAAUCAGUUCAACGGUGGACGGCGAGCGGCACGUUCGUGUGUCGGUGCUCUCGGCACACAGCACUGGUUACCUUUUUUUUUUUUUAUACACUCUAACCUCUGUUCGGGUGUCGCGAGGGGUCCACAUCUGGCUUGAUGAUCGCGGCGAUAUAAGAUCGCGAGUGAGCGCCCAAGAGAGACAGACGGAGAGACGGGAAUCAGCUUUGCCCGUGGUCCGCCAGGUCGAUCGGCCAGGGAUAUAAUAUCCGGUGACAUCUAGGAGGUCGGGCGCAUACGACGAGAGGCAACAUUUUCAGCCUUCCCGAGAGCGAAACAGAGACACAGGCUGUCCUUUGUCCCCGGGAUACCCUUCCCAUCCUCGUCCUCGACCGGAAAGGAAUCAAGGCGAAGGACCUUCCGUGAUUCCAUGCCACCCGGUAUACAGUGACCAACACCCGGCGACCUGUUGUCGAGAAUCCGCCGUUUGCGAUGGCCACGCAUCCGAUAGCCGAGCUUCUCCGGACCUGAUGCACGAUCGAGGAGCACCCUACCAAUUUCGACACCUGCGGAAACAACUGAAGUCUCUACUUUCGCGUCCUUGAUCCCGGUUUAGCCGAAAGAAUAAUAUCUCGUUGCAGAACAGAGCGAGAAACCGCGGUUGAAAUUGUUGCAGAUCGGACAAGUGCGCGGAAGAAUGCAGUAAACAUGCCGUCGUUGCUGGAAGCGCUGGAGCUGAAGUACGGUAGUUCAACGACCGACUGCUCGCUGACCGAUGAGGAGACGGAGUCUAGCUCGCCGAAGGCCGCCCUCUCUGUCAGCAUAUUCAUCCCGAAGAAGUCGCCGCGGCACACGGUCCCCGCUCUGCUGGUGCUGCAGGACUGCGACAUCGAGUGCGCCGGGAACGACGACGAGAAGCUGCGCAGCAAGUGCAAGAACGUCGAGGAGCUCGACCUCGCCCAGAACAAGCUCUCGCAAUGGACGGAGGUGUUCGGGAUCCUGCAGCACAUGCCGAAGAUCAAGUUCGUGAACCUGAGCUUCAACAGCCUCGCGGAGGUCCUCGAGAUCAAGCACGGUAGCUACGACCUGCUGAAGAACCUGGUCCUGAACGGGACCAGGGUGUCCUGGUCGACGGUGCAGGGACUGAUACGGUUGCUGCGUAACCUGGAGGAGCUACACCUGUCCUUGAACGAGUACAAGACCGUCGACAUAGAGUACCAGAAGCCGGAGAACGGGAACCCUUCGGUGAAGAAGCUACACUUCACCGGGAACCCGAUAGAGGUCUGGAACGAGAUCUCGAAGCUGGGCUACGUCUUCCCCAAUCUGGAGAGCCUGGUCCUCGCGGAGUGUCCGCUGAGAUCGCUUGCGUUGGUGGACAAUAGGAACUCGAACGACGAGGAGACCACAUGCCAGAAGAAGGAGCAGGAGAGCCUCUGCCAGGACAACGAGAACAUGAACAAUCUCGGGGUGGACGAGAACGGGUCCGUGGAUGGCAAAGGGAAUCGGAUAUACGCCGAGGGCAAGGUCAAUUACGACAGGUCCGAGUCCGAGUCGGAGUCCAGUGGGACCACCAUCAAGUCCUCCCACGAUCCCUUCAGGAAGCUGCGGUUCUUGAACGUGAAUGGAACGCUGCUCUCCACGUGGGACGACGUCGAGAGGCUCGCCAGGUUCCCGGUCCUGAAGUCGCUGAGGAUUCAGGGCUGCCCUCUUUUCGAGAGUCCUCGGGAGUACACGGAGCACGAGAGGCGGCAGCUGUUGAUAGCGAGGCUGCCGAACGUCGAGACGUUGAACGGCGGCGGCGUGAUAUCGUCCCAGGAACGCGAGGACGCCGAGAGGGCCUUCAUCCGCUACUACAUGGACAAACCGGAAGCGGACAGGCCUGAAAGGUACUCGGAGCUGGUGGCUAUUCACGGCAAGCUGGACCCGCUGGUUCACGUUGACCUGACGCCGGAGAAGAGGGUCAAGGUCACGUUCACAUACGGCGACCUGGUCGAGGUACGCUCCGUGGACGUGUACAGGACGGUUUUCGAGCUGAAAACCAAGCUGGAGACGAUGGUGAAAAUCCCGGCGAAUCGGAUGCGACUGUUCUACGUGGACCAGGUGAUGAAGGCGCAAUACGGCCCCGAGGAGAUGCUCUACCCGAACAAGCAGCUGUAUCGGUACAACAUACGGAACGGCGACGAGAUCAUCAUCGACAGCAAGCUGAACCGCUGCGUGUCCGCCUCCUCCGGCACGCCCUCGAUACGCUCCUGAAGAAGGUUCGCCAGCGAGUCGUCGGACGACUCGAAACAGACCUGACGAUCGUCAGGGUCCGAUCUCCAGUAACGAGCUGACGACCCGAAAAGAGAACAGAGAAAGGAGGACCGCCGCGAUCGACGAAGAUCCGCGAAGAUCGCAGGAAGUCGACGUCGGGGACACUCGAGAUCUUUUUAUAUAAGCAUUCUUCGAGUAAAGUUGUUUUUCUAGCGACGAACUGUGUACACGUCGUCGAUUCUUCAGGGUUCGAAGAGAAGCGUUUCGAAAAGAGAGCGGUGGGGGAGGGGGCUGCAGAGAGUCGAUGGAUCGCGAUCGAUCCCUGAGGGCGUCCGCCGGGUACGAUCGUUGGCCCGUGUUUGAUACUCGAUUAGAUCGUUAGGCGAAGGGCGUCGCGGACAUUUUCAUUUUUACACGAGAGAGAGACAGAUUCCGGCGAGAAUCGGCGACCCUUCCGCGAAGCUUCGCAAUAAUCGUUAGCGUAGAUUACAGCAGCCUAUCAGAGGAAAUGAAACCAGUUACGUACUUAGAAGAAGUAGUACUCCGCUCGCGGAUUCCUUCCUGAGUGCUGUGGGUGCUCGAUAAGCAGCCGCUGGGGGGACAAUCUCGCGUCGACUUACUUACACGGUUCUACGUUGAUCGACGUAUCUUAGAUACUAGUCGAAGACGUCGAGAUUACAGCGCCGCGAUUGUUUCUUCGCCGAAGAAGAAUCUUCAGAGAUUUCGCGGCCGAUUUCGUUCCGUUUCAACGAUACUCUCCUCUUCUUUUGUAACUAAUAUAAUUCGUAACUAAAUUUGUAGACUAUUGGCAAUUUACGGGGAGGCUAAGCGGCGGGGAUAUCGCGCGACAGCCCCCGGCGCGACUGCUUAUCGAGCGUCCACUGAUCUAGCCGGCAUCCCGGGUGCCACAGUUAUUACUUUGCUACUGUACAGUGAAGCAAGAAACCUUAGCAAUUGAUAAGUGUCUCGUACGGAAGAGAGACGUCAAAAAAUCAUCGUAGACCUUGACCAGUCGACUUAGAGACGAAUGAACACAGUGAGAGUGCUUGGUCGACAGUAGACCUGGACGGACUUCUAGUGUUAAUACGGUGAAUGUUGAGUAGUGAGAUGUUGACUCCAGUUUGUUGAUGUUCUGUAACUGUAAGAGGACUCUGUCUAAAGGCGAGCGAGUUGCGGACGAAUUUUUAAGAAAAAGAAAAAACAAAAGAGAGAGGAAGAGAGAGAGAGAGAAAGGGAGAGAAAGAGGGAGCGAACUAUUUUUGUAGACCGCAGUCGUCUUCGGACCAGUUUGCUGAAGACUAUGGCUGGGCGUUGUAAAAAAAAAGUGUACACGGUGUACCGCUUUGUAUCGUCCGCGCACGUGGACACACCGAAUUCUUUCGUUUAUUCCCGAGGACUCCGGUCGUCCUGGACGAUACCGAAGAAGACGAACGAACAGAUCUUUUUUCUGUUUUCCUUUUUUUUUUUUUAAAGCGUCGUUCAAACGUUAUCCAGCGUCGGGCGACGAGCCCCGACAUGGAACUUUCGGUCGCAGUCCCCAUGCAUUUUCGAUGUGUACUUAAGCUCCGGAGAACAAUCGUUGACGACGAAUCGGUUAACGCCAACUUUCUAUACUUUUAGCCGAUAAUUUACAGCCGUCUUUCACUUCGUGGUGUAUAUGUUGUUUUUCUUUGGGAUUCGGAGAGUGUGCAGACACCAGUUUCCCGACGAUGCCAUGGCCGAUCGUUCGCGCAAGGACACUAGCACGAAGAAACGGCAACGCGUUGUCUGCCGCGUGUCCCGCGACAACAGCGAGAUCAAGGAAGAGACGGGGGGGAACCUUGAAGAGUCACUUAGUGCCUGCCUUUUAACUAGCAUAAACUCGGAUACUUCUAACACUGCCCUUGUAAAUACCAUUGGAACGCGCGGACGACCGAGUUUCGGCUCCGCGACGCGACGCAACUUCGUCGACUCUUCAGGUGCGCGGGACCUGACCUUGGAACGUUCUUCGAUCGACGAUCUCAUUGAACCAUACUGUUACCGUACCGGAAAAAUUGUAGCAUCGACCCGCGUGCGUUUCACGUACCUAAAGAUUAUUAGAUACUCUUUCUUGCUGGAGAAUCCGAUACUGUUCUGCUGACAAUGGUUGCACACAAGAGCCUAGAACGAUACUUCAUGCAUAUUUGCUGCACGCUCGAAUGCACUUGCUGUGAUCUCACGUUGGGAAAAUUGAAUCAUACUUCUCCACGCGGUUAUUUUAAAUUGACGAGCGUAAGAGCGAACGUUUUCAUGACGCGUAAGAAAUUGUUCUAUCAAUUAUUUAAAACAUUAUCCAAUCAGAAGAUCGACGUCGAUCUUAAAGAACUAUGUUGUUCGACAGAAAUGAAUGUGUCUAUCAAUGACUAUCGUGAAAACCGAACGAAAGUACGUUCGGAGGGAUUGGAAACAAUUAUUACCGUAAGAUCAGAAAGUAUAUAGUCAUGGCUGCCGCUAAAAAUCGUCGAGAACCCUAUCGCGAGAGUUGUAAAAAACGAGUGUCCUGAAAUGUCAAUGUAUAUAGCCACGGAAAACCGAGCGGAGGGUUCAACAAAUGUCCUCGCACAGACACAAAGAGGCCGAACGUUAAAAAGUAUCCGAGAAUGAAAGAGAUCGGCGAUCUAAGGAACGCACAGGGGUCAGAGUUCGUGAAAUGUCGCGUUCCCCGGUUCGAACGUUCCAGCGGCAGGUCCCGAAGAAUGUGGUUGAGGGUUCGAGGGUCGGAAGAGUCGGCAGAGACGUGUUCCUCGAAGAUCGCACGCUGCAUCGCGACCGUUGUUGACGUCGGAAUUCCAGGGAACGCGGGGAUCGCGCUCGAUCGACACCCGUGCCCCUGAGAUCCUGGCGCGCAGUAUGUGUCUAGUCUCGGAAAAGGAGCUCUGCAUCAUUCUGAUUUUAUAUAAUAACGAUCCUUUUUUGUGCUGGCGCAAACGUGUACGUACUAACGAAAUAAAAAUCCUUUAUAUAUGAGA